AUGCCCUUUAAAUUUUUGCGUAAUGGCACCGCAAGCUUCGAAUUUGCUACCAAAGGAUCCACAAGGUUUUCGGUACUAAAUCGAAGCUUCUCUACUGUUAUGGCUUCUCGGGCUGAUUGGACUCGAUUUAUUCGGCAAGAUGAUAAAGUUUACCAGGGUCAACCUAUUGAUCCUUCCGGAAACUGGUCCAAUGAAACAGAACUGAAAGCUAACUUGAUUAGUGGAGAUUUGUUCAAAGACACACUCCUGGCACCAUUAGAUGGCUCGCAAGUUCCAAUCAUUCGAUGUAUUGGACUCAAUUACAGAAAACAUGCAAAAGAGACAAAUAAACCAUUACCGCGACACCCGAUUUUGUUUAUAAAACCCAGUACGUCUUUACAAGAUCCUUUUGCACCAAUUAAAGUACCCUACAUCGCCACCGACAAUCAAAUUGAUUACGAAGCGGAGUUGGCGGUCGUUAUCAAAAAACCUUGCAAAAAUGUAUCAAAGGAAGGAGCAUUGGAUUAUGUUUUAGGCUAUACUGCGUCAAAUGAUGUUUCGGCUAGAAAAUGGCAAGGAAUGAAUAAGGGUUCUGGUCAAUGGUGUUUUUCAAAGGGCUUUGACACAUUUUGUCCAAUUGGACCCGUACUUGUGUCAUCAAGAAUCAUCAGAAACCCGAAUGCGCUUGGCAUCCGUACGCGCGUUAAUAACAACACGCUACAAGAUUCAAAUACGCGAGAUAUGAUUUUUGAUGUGCCCGAGUUGAUUUCUUUUUUGAGCCGCGGUACAACAUUACAACCCGGAAGUCUCAUUCUUACUGGAACUCCAGAAGGUGUGGGAUUUGUCCGUGAACCUCCAAUCUAUCUUCAAGACGGCGACGAAGUAUCAAUUGAAAUUGACGAAAUCGGAACUCUGACCAAUAACGUAGAAUACGAGAAGACCGGUGAACAAGUAAAGGCGUCGAAGCUUUAA